CCGUGUCACGUGACGAUAGAAAAGGGGCGUUCCGGGCCUGGCUUCCCGUCAGUGUGUGUGGCGGCGGCGGCGGAGGAGGAGGGAGCGGCGGAGGAGGAGACGCAGAGUUCGACCUUGUAAAUACUGUUAUUUGUAUAUACUGUAAAUGAUGACCUCGGUGGGCACGAACCGGGCCCGGGGCAGCUGGGAGCAGGCGCAGGCGCAGAACCAGGCACAGCACAAGCAGCGGCCUCAGGCCACUGCAGAGCAGAUCCGGCUUGCACAGAUGAUAUCGGACCACAACGAUGCCGACUUUGAGGAGAAGGUGAAACAGCUGAUCGACAUCACAGGCAAGAACCAGGAUGAGUGUGUGAUCGCCUUGCACGACUGCAACGGGGACGUCAACAGAGCCAUCAAUGUGCUCUUGGAAGGGAACCCGGACACGCACUCCUGGGAGAUGGUGGGGAAGAAGAAGGGCCUCUCGGGGCAGAAGGAGGCCGGCCAGGCGGAGCCCAGCGAAGAGGGCAAGGAGAACCGGGAGCGCGAGCGAGACUUCAGCCGGCGACGGGGAGGAGGGCUGCCCAGGAGGGGCCGGGGCACCAGCCGCGGAAGAGAGUUUCGGGGCCAGGAGAAUGGGCUGGACGGCGGCAAGACGGGCGGAUCCUCCGGGCGAGGCACGGAGAGGGGGCGGCGCGGCCGUGGACGAGGCAGAGGCGGCUCUGGACGGCGGGGAGGACGGUUCUCGGCCCAAGGCAUGGGGACCUUCAAUCCUGCAGACUACGCCGAGCCUGCAAACACAGAGGAGGGCUAUGGGAACAGCAACAGCAACACGUGGAACAACACCGGGAGCUUUGAGCCGGACGACGGGACGAGCGCCUGGAGGACGGCCACCGAGGAGUGGGGCACCGAGGACUGGAACGAAGACCUUUCGGAGACCAAGAUCUUCACGGCGUCCAAUGUCUCCGCCGUGCCGCUUCCUGCGGAAAAUGUGACCAUCACGGCCGGACAGAGGAUCGACCUGGCGGUGCUGCUGGGCAAGAGCCCGUCGUCUUCCCUGGAGACCGAGUCGCCCAACCUGGACUCCUCCUCCUCCUCCUCGCAGGCCCCGGCCCUCAGCCAGCCCCUGGUCUUCAGCAACUCCAAGCAGAGCGCCAUCGCCCAGCCCGGAUCCGGCGCCGCCUUCGCCCACCACGGCAUGGUCAGCAUGCUGGGGAAGGGCUUUGGCGACGUUGGCGAGGCCAAGGCCGGCGGCACCGGCGGAGGUAGUGCUGCCACCACCACGACCACAGGCUCCCAGUUCCUGGAGCAGUUCAAGACGGCCCAGGCCUUGGCCCAGCUGGCCGCUCAGCACCCGCAGCCCGCCGGGAGCAGCGGAGGUGGUGGCGGCGGCACAGGGACCACCUGGGAGAUCGGCGCCUCCAGCCAGGCCUCCUCUCUCGUCCAGUACGACCUGAAGAGCCCCUCGGAGCCCGUGACGCACGGCCCCUUCGGCAAGCGGCAGGCCUUCCCCUCCUCCUCCUCCUCCUCCUCCUCGGCCAUGAUGGACGCCUUCCUGCAGGACAAGCCUCCCGCGGGGCACGCCUCCUCCUCCUCCUCCUCCUCGGGCCCCCCGCCCCCCUCCUGCUCCCCGCUGGCCGGAAAGGCCCCCCCGCCGGCCCCCCAGAUGUCCCCGGGAUCCUCGGACAACCAGUCCUCCAGCCCCCAGCCCGCCCAGCAGAAGCUCAAGCAGCAGAAGAAGAAGGCCUCCCUCACCUCCAAGAUCCCUGCUCUGGCUGUGGAGAUGCCUGGCUCCGCGGACAUUUCGGGGCUCAACCUGCAGUUCGGGGCCUUGCAGUUCGGCUCGGAGCCCGUCCUCCCGGAGUACGAACCGGCGCCCGCCUCCAGCGGGUCCGGCAGCCAGGCCCCAGGGAGCCUCUACACGAGCAGCGCCAGCGAGUCCUUGUCCUCGAUGGCGCCCACGAAGGGCCCGGAGUCGGGGUACCCGAGCGGCGCCCUGCCCUCCGUGGCCACGUAUACCUCCCAGAACAGCGCUCAGGGACCCCUCUACGAGCAGAGAUCCACCCAGACCCGGCGGUACCCCAACUCCAUCUCCUCCUCGCCCCAGAAAGACCUGGCCCAGGCCAAGAAUGGCUUCAGUUCGGUGGCGUCCUCGCAGUUGCAAACCACGCAGGCGGCCGAAGGUCCCUCGGGCCCCACGGUGAAGCCGGACUCCCCCUCGGCGCCCAGCCUGGCGGCCCCGCUCUCGGACGCGGCCUCGGCGGCCUCCCUGCUGACCACCGCCCCGCAGCAGCACCCCUCGGUCCUCAGCGGCCUCAACCACGCCGAGGAGAUGCCCAGCGCGGCCUCCUCGCAGCACAGCAGCACGUUGUCGGCCCCGCAGAACAGCCUCUCCUCCUCCACUUCCUCCGGACGCACAUCCACUUCCACCCUCUUGCACCCGAGCGGGGAGAGCGAGGCCGGGCUGCACUCCUCGGCCAGCACCUUCUCCGCCUCCUCUUCCUCCUCCUCCUCGGUCUCGGCCGCUCCGCCGCCUCCUCCGCCGGUGCCCAGCGCCAACGCCGUCAACACCAACGCCUCCUCUUCCUCCUCCUCCUCCUCCGGCCUCAGCAGCAGCAGCAGCAGCGCCAGCAGCCUGGGCCUCAGCCUGGGCAGCAACUCCACCGUCACCGCCACCAGCCGCAGCUCCGUGGCCACCACCUCAGGGAAGGCUCCUCCCAACCUGCCUCCCGGGGUGCCCCCUUUGCUGCCCAACCCCUACAUCAUGGCCCCGGGGCUCCUCCACGCCUAUCCGCCGCAGGUUUAUGGCUACGAUGACCUCCAGAUGCUCCAGACAAGGUUCCCCUUGGACUACUACAGCAUCCCAUUCCCCACGCCGACCACCCCGCUGACUGGGAGGGACGCCAGCUUGAGCAGCAACCCUUACUCUGGUGACCUGGCAAAGUUUGGUCGGGGCGACGCCUCCUCGCCGUCUCCGGCCACGACGCUGGCGCAGCCGCAGCAGAGCCAGACGCAGACGCACCACACCACCCAGCAGGCCUUCCUCAACCCGGCCCUCCCGCCCGGGUACAGCUACACCAGCCUGCCCUACUACACCGGCGUCCCGGGACUGCCCAGCACCUUCCAGUACGGGCCGGCCGUCUUCCCCGUGGCCCCCACAUCUUCCAAGCAGCACAGCGUCAACGUCAGCGUCAACGCCUCGGCCACCCCUUUCCAGCAGCCCAGCGGCUACGGCUCCCACGGAUACAGCACAGGCGUGUCAGUGACAUCCAGUAACACGGGUGUGCCGGACAUCUCUGGCUCUGUCUACUCCAAAACGCAGCAAUCCUUUGAGAAGCAGGGUUUCCACACCGGGACCCCGGCGGCCUCCUUCAACCUGCCCUCAGCCCUGGGCAGCGGUGGACCCAUCAACCCGGCCACGGCGGCGGCCUACCCGCCGGCGCCCUUCAUGCACAUCCUGACCCCGCACCAGCAGGCCCACUCCCAGAUCUUGCACCACCACCUGCAGCAGGAUGGGCAGAGCGGGACCGGUCAGCGCAGCCAGGGCAGCUCCAUCCCGCAGAAGUCUCAGGCCAGCAAGUCGGCCUACAACAGCUACAACUGGGGCGCCAACUGAGCGGCGGCGGCGUCAGCAGCGGCAGCAUCAGCGGGAGGCCACACUUCAACCCAAUGACCGGCAGACGGACGGACGGACGAGCGACAGACAGACAAGACGGACAGACGGACGAGCGAAAAGCCCCCCCCCCUCCAUCUAUCCACCCACCUACAUACCCACUCACCCAUCCAUCCAUCCAGGAAGAGGAAGCGGCCCCCAUUUGCCCCCGAAGGAAGGAGGCGGGCCCCCCGAGCGCCUUGGCCCCAAGCCGGGCUCUGCAAAUCAUACGAAGCCCCUUGCCCCCCGCCCUGGGCCCCCUCCCCCUCCUCCUCUUGUAUGUAAUAUAGGAUUUGUAUCUUUUCAUUUCUCCUCCUCUUUUGCUUUCUUCUUCCUUUCGUUCCGAUUACGAGCCGUUUGUUCCGCCGGAGGGGCCUUUUUCUUUUUUCCGUUUCCCUUUUCGGUUGUCGUUUUGUUUUUCUACUCCUCCCUUUUCCCCGAUCCCUUUUUCCGCCCCGAUCAGAUAAACAAACAACGAGACCGCGGAUCCAAAGGAGUCAACACCCCCCCUUCCCCCCUCCCCUCCCCCCCCCUUUACUAUUAGGAAUAAGAGCAGUAAUUGAUAUGAACCGCGUUGUAAGAUUAAUUAGUUGAAGUGUUUUUUUUGUACUGUGUUCUAAAUUUAAUGGAUAAAUGUGUCUUGUAUAUAAAAAUGAAAACCCCA